UAAAGUAAUGCUCGAAGCUAACGGUAGCACUGACAACUGGCUGUUAGCUAGAAGUUGUGACUUAUAACCUUAAACGUUUGGACUUACGUGUUGUUUAUUUGUAAGGAAUGGAAAACCUCGUGUUCAGCCCUAACAAAUAACUUACCGACGAACCGUGUCUGUGGUUAGCCUCCUGCCGUUCACCGUCGACAUGAACUCGUAUCACGUUUUGGAGCUAGCUGGAGAGGGCUCCUUUGGUCGUGUUUACAAGGGGAGGAAAAAAUAUACAGGCCAGGUGGUGGCUCUGAAGUUCAUGCCUAAGGUUGGUCGCUCUGAGAAGGAGCUACAGAGUCUCAAAAGAGAGAUUGACAUCAUGAGAGGUCUUGAACAUCCAAAUAUUGUUCAACUCUUUGACAGCUUUGAGACUCAAACUGAGGUUGUGGUUGUAACUGAAUAUGCAGAGGGUCAGUUGUUCCAGAUUCUUGAGGAUGAUGGGAAAUUACCAGAGAGCCAGGUCCGUGAGAUCGCCUGCCAGCUGGUCUCUGCUCUGUAUUAUUUACACUCCCAUCGCAUUCUUCAUCGUGACAUGAAACCUCAAAAUAUUCUGUUAGGGAAAACUGGAGUGGUGAAACUCUGCGACUUUGGGUUUGCGAGGUCCAUGAGCGUCUCCACCCUGGUGCUGACUUCUAUCAAGGGAACUCCGCUGUACAUGUCUCCUGAGCUGGUGGAGGAGAAGCCGUACGACCACACUGCCGACCUGUGGUCUCUGGGCUGCAUCCUGUAUGAACUCCACACGGGGGCGCCUCCGUUCUUCACUAACUCCAUCUUCCACCUGGUGCAGCUCAUAGUGCGAGACCCCGUCAAAUGGCCCGACACUAUGAGCGACACCUGCACGAGUUUCCUGAAAGGUUUGUUGACCAAAGACCCUCAGAAGCGGUUAUCAUGGCCAGACCUCCUGCACCAUUCCUUUGUUGCUGAUGAUGUUUUAGUGCUGUCAGACACAGGCGUGUUCAGCCCUCUGACAGUCACUCCCAGCCCAGACAUGAUGGCCCUGAAACUCCAGCAAGUGGCAGAAAAGACGGUUCCCAUGCUUGGAGGGAGCCGACUGUUGCGCAGGGCCCAGGAACAGUUGUACAACACUCACAGAGUUAAAGCAGCAGGCCGUGAGACUGCAAAAAAAAAGAACGGAGUGGAAAAGGAAAUGGCUCACUCUGCAAUGACAGCGCCGUCCCCUCGAGCCAAACCCCCCUCCAGUGAUAACUCAGGUCACUCGGUUAUGACAGCUGACAAUCAAAGCUUCAACCCGAAGAAUCAACCCUGCAAGAGAUCAAAACCCAGGGGUCAGAUCAGCAGGGACUAUGAACAGGAGUUUCCCUCUGUAGAGGUGGGGCCUCGACUGGUGCAGAGGAGCAGUGAGGACAGUCGGACCGUCCUGCACAGGCAGGAUGUUGACAGUGAGGACUAUUGGGAGAAACUGGCACAAGAAACCGAUCCAAGCAGGCAGCAGACAGAAAUAUUAAACUACAGUGACAUUAUACUUCAACUUCAAUCCAAGAUCAUGGAGUUUAGAGCUCAGCUAACAGGUGGCGUUAUCAAAGAAGCGUGGCAGACUCACCUCCCGCUGAAGGUCUUACGAAACCUGAUAUCGACAUAUGAACUGGAGGAGUUGUCCCACAUUGGGCAGGAACUUGGUCUACCCCACGUCCUCUUUGAGCUAAUCCAUGAUGCUGUAGAAAACACACAUUUCUUAAAGCAAACAUGGAGUGUGCCAGCAAUUGGAGAAAUGAUUAUUAUGCUCAUGAUCUACUGGGAGCAGCACUGUGACUGGGUGGAAGGAGAGCACAGACUGGAAGACCUCACCAAGCCUUUCAUCACAAUUCUCAGUCAACCAAACCUCCUUCCUUUGGCAACGCUGGCUGCCUCUGUUUUGUCUCUGUUUACGCAACACGAAGUUGAUGUCAAAGUUGAUAUGGAUAACCUAACAUCUCUGCUGAAAAAUCUGCUUUUGGACUCAUAUGAGGCCCGACCUCCACUCCCUUCUGGCUGGGGAUUCUGUGAUGGCCUCCUGUCUUUACUCUUAGAUACACUCACUGAGCAUGAUAAUAGCUCUAGGCCUUCAUGUUUAGAUCCAGUACUGUUUCUGGAUUUAUGGAAAAAGAUUGGAACCUCACUAGCUAAGACAACACCAGACACAGGGUUCUGUUCAACACAUGGGCUGGAUGACUUUCUUUCUAUCGCGCUGUUUGUCUUCACCAAGGAUCCAUACUCAUGCAUUCCUCUGCUUUCUGAGUGUGGAUCAAAAUGCGUGUACACCCUUGGUCUGUUGCUGGGCACUGACAGUCUUCAGUUGUCUGCUGAAGGCAGUCCUGAGAGACAUGACGACAGCCUGUCGGUGUUGAGCUGCCACUUGUUGUGCUUUCCGUUCGCCCUGGACCCGCCUCCACACACCAUGGCCACAAUCCUACAGCUCUAUGACAGUUGUGGUAUUGUUGAAAGCCUCCUGCAGGUAAUUCAAUCUCUUCCUCAUCCGCUAUUAGAGUUGCCUCUGUCCCUGCUGAGCCGUUUGCUCCUGUGUGACCCCGAGCGCUCUGUUUCCCGCCUCGGAAAAUCUGCUGUGUUUUUUUUCGCGCCACCCAGGGACAUCCAGCUCUCUGCAGGCCCGACUCCACUGAGCAGAACUGCCAGCUCUCUGCUCUCUGACUUGCUGCAGCUAGACACACUGUGGGACUCUGCCGUGGAGCUGUUGACUCUGUUGUCUCUUGUGGCCCGUUGUUCCCGUUGUCCCGCCCACAUUCAGCUUCACCUGGAAGCCUCGGCACUGCACCAGGCUCUGACUCACCCCUGUGACCAGAUCAGGGCUGCCGCUUGCAGACUGAUAGGAAACGUGGAUCCAUUCAGGCCUCCUACACUGAAACCUGACAUUUUCAAAAGCAUGAUAAACUGUCUUCAUGAUCCCUGCAUGCCUGUCCGGAGGAUGGCUUGCAGGGCAGUGGGGAACUGGCUGGGGUAUAUUGCAGCGGGGGAAGGGUUUAAGGAGUCCAAUAGAAAGGGCAGUGACACUUCAGGGAGGGGCAGAGAGAAGGAACACAAGUUUCAACUCGGUAAGGGUGAUUUGGGUACUAUAGCAGAACAGGGAGUGGAAGAUGAGGAGCGGUGCAGGUGGAUGGAGGGAGCAGGGAGGGCGGCGGCCAUGUUGGCGCCUCUGAUCAACGACCGCGACGCCCUCACACGGCGUCACUGUUGUGCAGCCCUGGGAAACCUGGUGAAGGAUGACAGCGCUGUUUCCUCGUUGUCGAAGAAAGACAUGUGCAGCUUACUUCUGAGGGCCGCAUGCAUGGAUUCCCAUAAUGCAGUGAGGCAAGCUGCCAUUGCAACCCUGUGCCUGUACAGCGAGCAGGAAUCAGUACGUCAGGUCCUUAGAUCUCUGGAUGCCAGUAAGAAACUUGUUCAGGCUUCACAACAUGCACCUCCACAAUGUGACUAUCAUCAGCUCAUCAGACAGCUGGAAGUGAGUCCAGUCUAGGAAUAAGGGCAGACUUAAAUGUUCUCCUUCCUCACCUAACUAUACGUCUUCCUCCUGCAGUGUGUCGUAGAGGAAUACAGACCUAGUUGUUUUCUAGUGUUUUUUCUUUAUUCAAAGAUUUUGUGAACAAAGAAUCAAAAUGAUGGAAUAAAAAACUAACUUUUAUAAAUUGAGAUCUUUGU